AUGUUGGAAGGGUUAGGGAUGAAGAAGGAAGAGGAAGGGGAAGAAGAAGGAAGAAGAAAGAAAAGGGAAGAAGAGGAAAGAAGAAGAAGGAAGAGGAGGAGGAAGAAGAAGAAGGGGAAGAAGGGGAAGAAGAGGAAGAAGGGGAAGAUGAGGAAUAAGAGGAAGAAGGGGAAGAAGAGGAAGAAGAGGAAGAAGGGGAAGAAGAGGAAGAAGGGGAAGAAGAGGAAGAAGUGA